CAGUUUGACUUCAAUUGUUGAGAAGAAAUGAUGUUUUGCAAGCAGCAUAUACUAAUUGCAAUUGGCCCGAUUGUCAUGGGAAUGUCCCUGGGCACAUUUGCCAUGGAUUAUUAUUGCCAAGAGUUUCUGGCCAUUUUUCGCGCGCUGCAGGUACUGGCAACUAUUUCGCUGCUCUUUGGAGUUCUUAAAAAGGAACCGCUGCAUAAGGACAAAUUUCUGGUCUUCUGGCUGAUCAUUACAGCCAUCUUCUUUGGUGUAAUGUGCUAUUACUGUAUGAAUUUUAUAACUGACGAUUUCCUUUAUUCAUUUUACGACUUUGGGGAGUUUCUUUUGGCGUUACUAGUUUUGCUACUUUUAUUGGCCGCCACAGCGUUUCUGGGCUACCUGAUUUACUACGUGUACGAAGAGUAUGCGAGGCUGCGGACAGCCAACUCAGAAUCAACAGCUGUUGCGGCAAGUGAGCGCAAUGCAGUCGUAGAAACCAAGGAGCCACCACCCACAUAUGAAAGUACUGGAAAUUUAACUGUCUCAAUACAGAAUUAAUGCAUUCACUUAUAAUAUUAAUUGAGACGGAAUAUUUCAUAUUAAUCAAAAACUGCAAUAAAAUGUUGUGAAAAGAUCGUU